AUGCUUUCCGAACGCGACCGGCCACCUCACAUCCCGCACGAGCAGCUCCCGGCGACCGUCGGCACGCUGAGCGUCGCGCUGGUCCGCUCCAACGAGAGCCUCCGGGCUGCGCACACGCUCCUCGCCCGGCUGCAGUCCGAGGCGGAGGCCGUCGACGCCGAGCGAACAGCCCUGAAAUCCGAGGCGGCAAAGCUGCGAUCCGCGCUGGUGGAGCGGCAGCGUGAGCUCGGCGCCGCGCACGCGCGCUCCUCCGCCGCGGUCGAGGCUGUCGCGGCCGCCGAAGGGCGCGCAACUCGCGCCGAGGCUGCGGCGGUGGCGGCGCAGCGAGCGUGCAGGCUCGAGGCAGAUAGGGCGUGGACGGCGUCGGAGCGAGAGGCCUCCGCGGCGGCGGCGGCCGAAGAGCGGCACCGGCUCGCCGAGGCGGCCGCAGCCACGGCCCAAGCGGCGGCCGAGAAGCGGUGCCAAAUCUCCGAGGCGGCGGCCGCCGCUGCCAACGUCGCGGCGGAGGAGCGCUGCCAGGCGGCCGAGGCGGCCGAGGCGGCCGCGGAGCGGCGCGGCACGGCGGCGGCGCUCUCGCUCGCGUCUGAGAUGGCGGCGAUGGAGGCGCGCGUGCAGGACAUGGCGAGGACGAUCGCGUCCGAACGCAGCAGCCUGAGCGGCUUCGCGCGCGCGGCCGACUCAGAGCUGAAGGAGGCACGGGCGAGGGCGGUGGAGGCGGCCGAGGCGGUGGGGGCGGCCGAGGCGGCAGCAAAGGACGCGGCGGCGGCGACGCGCGAGCGCGAGGCGGCGGCGGCGGCGCGGACGCGAGAGCGGGAGGCGGCCUUGGAGGCGGCGGUUGCGGAGGCCGUGGCCGAGCGUGAGGCGGCCGUCGCUGCGGCGAGGGCCGAGGCGGCGGCGGACAAGGAGGCGGCCCUCGAGGCGGCGAGGGCGGCGGCGGCGGCGGAGCGGGAGGCGGAAGUCACUGCGGCGGUGGCGGCGGCGGUGACUGCGGCUGCGGAGCAGCAGUACAGUGAGGCGGCGUCGGCAGAGGCGGCGCACGCGACGGCGCUAGAGGCGGCCGCUGCGAGGCACGCGCAGGAGCGGGAGGCGGCGGUGCGGGCGUGCGAGUCGAAGCUCGCGAGGUUGGAGGCCGUGGUGCAUGAGCUCGAGGCGGCGAGGGACGCGGCGCUGCUCGAGCUCGAGGCGAGAUCUCGCCGAGAUUGA